CAUCUCUCCAUUCGUUUAAUGGCGGGAGCGUCUGUGGCGGGAGUUAUGGCGGACGACGGAAAAAUUUCGGAAAGUGCGCCUUCAACGUCGAUUGACCUGCAGGAUGAGAACAGUGUCACACUGCAGGACGUGCUCGACGAAGCGCAGGAGCUCGAGGAUGAUGCUGACGCCGUUUUGGGUGGCAGCGACGACAAAAACUGCACCUAUGACCAGGGCUACAUCAAGCGGCAGGCCCUGUACGCAUGCGGCACAUGUACUGGACCAGAUUCCCAGCCAGCAGGCGUCUGUCUAGCUUGCAGCUACGCAUGCCAUGAGGGACACAACCUCUACGAGCUCUACACCAAGAGGAACUUUCGCUGUGACUGCGGGAAUGCGUCCUUCCCCGCAAACAACCCAUGCCGUUUGUGCCCGAGAAAGGCCGUCCGCAAUGACGAGAACAAGUACAACCAUAACUUCCACGGAGUCUACUGCACAUGCAAGAGGCCGUACCCUGACCCUGACGAUGAUGUGGAAGAUGAAAUGUUACAGUGCGUCGUGUGCGAGGACUGGUAUCACGGACGGCACAUUGGAGGCGAGGUGCCAGCGAACCAGGACGACUCCGUCGGAGGCGACACGUCAGUGAACCACGGCUACUGCGAGGUUGUAUGCAACGGCUGCAUGAGCAAGCACCCUUUCCUUCGGUGGUACUUAGCGCACGAACUGUCGCUCUUGAAGAAGGAUGCAAGCUUGUGCGAGGAUGCCAUGGAAAAGAAGCAGGCAGAAGGAAGUUCAUCGGCUUUGGCAUCUACGGCGGAGAACGGGGUCAAAGUAGAAGGAAGCGUAGAAAACGGCGUGGCCACAUCUCACGAGAACGGCACCGAUGCAAUCAAAGAAGAGCGUCCCAACCAGCCAACCGAGGGAUCCAGUGGCUCUCGUGACGAGGUCAAGGUCGAGAAGCCGGCCGGACGAAGCGGCCUGCUCUCUUCAGUGUCGCAGUGCAUCCUGGAGCGCCUGCGGAGCAGCGUUGAUGAUGUGAAGGAGGAGCCUCGCAAUGAGUGUGCCUACUGGCCAUCCGGAUGGAGGUCACGAUUGUGCCACUGCAUACAGUGCUUGGCCAUGUACAACGAACAGCACUGCCUGUUCCUGUUGGACGAGGAGGACACGGUCCACUCGUACGAGGAGAAAGGGAAGGCAGCCCGUGCACAGGCACCUGCUGGUGACCCCCUCAUGUCGGCCCUGGGGACGUUGGGACGGGUCCAGCAGAUCGAAGCCAUUCAUGGCUACAACAAUCUCAAGACGGAGCUUGUGGACUUCCUGAAGAAGUUUGCGGACAACCGGAAGGUCGUGAGAGAAGAGGACGUUCGGGAAUUUUUCAGCGGAAUGGAAGCCCGCAAGCGCCGGAAGACAUCUGCAGUGCCGUAUUUUUGCCGGUAGAUGGGUGCCUCAUGUGGACUGCACUCUUGUGUUCAUUUGUGACUGAUGGCAACACACUGUUGCUUGUUCGUGUAACUCUCUGUUCAUGUACAUGCGUUUUAUCUUUGACAUUGAGUAAACCCCAGGACGCUGCUGCCCGUAGUGCAUGUUUCUGGGACGACAACUGUAUAUUUGCACCAGUGCAUGUCGUGCACGAAUGCAUGCGACAAAACGUGGCUGUGGCUGUGUAUAGUAGGAUGUCUGCAGAAAUAAAAAUGUUGUGUGCAAAGA